CCUGUGCGUCACGUGACCCACGCCUCAAGACCUACACUGGAGGGCGGACCCCGUAUUGGGUUUUCUUGGUGAAAUGGCCCAAGUUCACCUUCCUGUUUAGCUGCGGCGACAACUGUUGGAGGAAACGCCAACGAGGAUAUUUUACUUGAAACAAAGAAUAUGGUGAAAAUAAUUUGUACGCUAGCCGAUCACAGUGAUGAUGUCAACUGCUGUGCCUUCUCCUCUUCCCUCUUGGCAACUUGCUCCUUGGACAAAACAGUUCACCUGUAUUCCCUAAGUGACUUUACUGAACUGCCACACUCUCCUUUGAAGUUUCACACGUAUGCUGUCCACUGCUGCUGUUUCUCACCUUCAGGAUAUGUUUUGGCAUCAUGUUCAACAGAUGGUACCACUGUUGUGUGGAAUACUCAAAAUGGACAGAUAUUGGCAGUGAUGGAACAGCCAAGUGAAAGCCCCGUGAGGGUUUGCCGGUUUUCCCCAGACUCUACUUGUUUGGUAUCAGGGGCAGCUGAUGGAACUGUUGUUUUGUGGAAUGCCCAGUCAUACAAGCUAUAUAGAUGUGGUAGUGUUAAGGAUGGCUCUUUGGUGGCCUGUGCAUUUUCUCCUAAUGGAAACUUCUUUGUCACUGGCUCCUCAAGUGGAGAUUUAACAGUGUGGGAUGAUAAGAUGAGGUGUCUGCAUAGUGAAAAAGCACAUGAUCUUGGAAUUACCUCCUGUGAUUUUUCUUCACAGCCAGUUUCUGACGGAGAACAAGGUCUCCAGUUUUUUCGAUUAGCAUCAUGUGGUCAAGAUAGACAGGUGAAAAUUUGGAUUGUUUCUUUUACCCAUUCUUUAGGUUUUGAAUUAAAACAUAAAAGUACAUUGAGUGGGCACUGUGCUCCUGUUCUGGCUUGUGCUUUUUCUCAUAAUGGACAGAUGCUAGUCUCAGGAUCAGUGGAUAAGUCUGUCCUAGUCUAUGAUACAAAUGCUGAGAUUAUACUUUUCAGGUUGACUCAACAUACCAGGUAUGUUACAACUUGUGCCUUCGCACCCAGUAUGCUUUUACUUGCUACUGGCUCAAUGGACAAAACAGUGAAUAUAUGGCAGUUUGAACCGGAAACACUUUCUCAAGUUAGGAGUAUAGAAGAUCAACCAAAUCAAUUUACUGAAGAUUGGUCAGAGGAUGAUGUUGCAAUGUGGCUUUGUGAACAAGGUUUAAAAGACCUCGUUGAUAUUUUCAAAAUGAAUAACAUUGAUGGCAGAGAAUUAUUGCAUCUUACAAAAGAAAGUCUAGCUGAUGAUUUUAAAAUUGAAUCUCUAGGGCUACGGAGUAAAGUUCUUCGGAAAAUUGAAGAGCUGAAGAUAAAGAUGAAGUCAUUGUCUUCUGGAAUACCUGAUGAAUUUAUAUGUCCAAUAACUAGGGAACUUAUGAAAGAUCCUGUCAUUGCAGCAGAUGGUUAUUCAUACGAAAAAGAAGCAAUGGAAAAUUGGAUCAGCAAAAAGAAACGUACCAGCCCCAUGACAAAUCUUGUUCUUCCUUCAGUGGUACUUACACCAAAUAGGACUCUGAAAAUGGCUAUCAAUCGAUGGCUAGAUACACAUCAGAAAUAAAAUUAUAUUAUUUCAUGUUA